CAACAACCUACCACACUCCAACAGCCGUUUGUCUACAAGCUCAUCUGACUCCAUGGUAGAAAUCAUUCAUGACCCCCCUGUUCGGACUGACACUGUCAGCCCGACAUCCUUUGUUGGAUCCGAAGACGACAAGCAUCGACUCCUCUAUAGCAAAUCCAAAGUAUACAUCAAUCCUACGGCAUAUUCCAAGGACAAUAUACCGGGGUUCGUAGCGCUUGUGAAACGGGAGGCGGUUAAUCCAACCUAUCUACUUGCAUGGAUCCCUGAGAAGCUGCUCCAUGAACGAGGUGUUAAUGAAUGGGACAAGUUCCUCAAAGCUGAGGAAAAGAUAGAUAUAGAUGAAGAAGACGAAGAUGCGGUUCUCAUUGAUUUUCCAACGCGAAGACCGGAAUCAUACGCAUUUUCCGUUUCGUUGACCUCUAUCUACUCGUUAGUAGUUCAGCCGCCGACAUUGUCAUCGUGGUACGGAGCAGUCACUGUGAAUCUCAUCAACGGAUCCACACUUCCAACCUUAUACUUCCACGAUGACGAGUCGCUUUCUGGAACCUUGCCCCCCCGACCCGAUCGAACGCAGUCCACUACAUCUUACCCGCCUGCAUCUCCGCAGUCAAACCGUCCAGUGACCUCCUGGGGAGGCGAGUUACUUCUCUCUCGCUUGCGGUCUUAUGCGCAUCUUCUGCGCUCGACUUUGCAGCCCUCGCUCUUCAUAGUAGAUCCUUCCAAAGCAGAUAUAGACAUUCACUCUACACAAAUCUAUGACGACGACGCCGUGGAUGAUAUUCUCGCGCAGUCAUCGUAUGUGAAUUCUCACUCUCCAGUGCCUGCUCACCGGAUGCCCCGCCCGUUAUCGAGCGCGCCAUCAACGACUCCAAAUCCUUAUUCCACUCGUUCGUCGGUACUUCAUCGCUCGCUCUAUCCUCCGUCCAUCUCCUCAGAGCAAUCUUCGUCGCAAGCACGAAUGGCACUUUUACAGUCGUUCACCAAUAUCACUAGGGCUACUAGGCAUGCCGCACAGAACAUACUAUCUCAUCCACUAGCCAAACCCAUAGUUCCCCAUCUUCCAGACCCUGUCAAGAGUCUUGUCAAUGCUAAGGGUGAGUGGGAAUGGGGGAGCUGGGUAGAAAAAGGAGGAGUCGGAGAAUUUGAGAGCGCCCGCGUAUAUCUUGCUCGCUGGGCGCGCAUUGUUGCAGAAGAAGGAGACAGAGCGCGACGCCGAGAAGCUCAGGCGCUUCCUUCCUCGUCUGACAUGGCACUGGAGACCUCACCCCUGGGUGUCUUUGAGCUUCUUCAGACCACAAGAAACCUCCCUGCUCCUAAGAUGUCCCGAGAUCCUGCUCACCCGGUUGAUGAAGAGACUUGGCAGAAGUGGUUUGGGCCGGACGGAAAACCGAAGAUUCGCGUCGAGGAGAUGAGAAGAGAAGUAUUCAGACGCGGCAUUUCACCGAAAGGCUUUAUACGAAGAAAGAUAUGGCCUCUCCUACUUGGCGUGCUUGAAUGGGACGUUGACGCAGCCGAGCGUGCUCGUCAAUGGGAUGAAAAACGACAACGCUUUCACGAUAUCAAAGCAGAGUGGUUUGGAGUGUCCGAGAUAUUUGACCGUCAUGACGUCGUUGAGGAGCGUCAUCGCAUUGAUGUUGACUGUCGAAGAACGGAUCGAACCCAGCCUCUUUUCUCCACUACGUACGCAGACUCGUCGACAGCGGCUGAGGACGAGCGCCGAACGCGAUUUUCUACCAUCUCUCCUCAGAUGACGGACAUAGGUGCCCAAUCCCCUAGCAACGAGCAUAUAGAUCGACUAGCAGGGAUCUUGCUGACGUACAACUUCUAUGACAAAGAAUUGGGUUACGUUCAGGGCAUGUCAGAUCUCUGUGCACCCAUCUUUGUCGUCAUGGGAUCGGAUGAGGAAUUGACCUUUUGGUGUUUUGUGGAGGUUAUGAAACGAAUGAAACAGAACUUUUUGCGAGAUCAGAGUGGCAUGAAGAGGCAACUUUCGGCACUGCAAGAACUCAUUGGCAUGAUGGAUCCAGAGCUAUACCGCCAUUUUGAACAAGCAGAUGGGCUGAAUUUGUUCUUCUGCUUCAGAUGGGUGCUCAUUGCUUUCAAGAGGGAAUUUUCCUUCGAUGAUGUACUGCGCCUCUGGGAGGUAUUUUGGACUGACUAUUACAGUAACAAUUUCGUUCUGUUUGUCGCGCUAGCCAUUCUUGAGUCUCAUCGGGAUAUGAUCUUGCGAUAUCUAGUGGAGUUCGAUGAAAUCCUAAAGUACUGCAACGAAUUAUCAAUGACAAUCGAGCUGGAUUCGACAUUAGCUCAGGCGGAAGUGUUGUUCCUAUCCUUCGCGCAGCUCGUGGCCGACAUAGACAGGCGAAGAGCCGAUGAAGCUUCUUCAUUAACCACUCUGCAGCGUCGCAAGACGACGAAAGGAGGCGCUCAAGAGGACGAACAGGUUAAAGUCAAGAUGCCCGUUCUAAGUGACAAUCUUCGGGACCUCUUGAAGGCGGGACGAUGAGUUGGAUGAUUUAUAAAGUAACACAUGCACAAUCUUGGGUCAACGUCGCCACAUGCCUUCCUGUACUAAGUAAUAUUCUGGUAUUCAGAUUACCAGAUUUUUGUACGACUUAACUGUUCGAUUAGAUUGUAUCUUGUAUUUGAUAAGAGGGCACGUGUAUGCCUAGCUACAGGGUC